UCCAAAAACAAAAAGACUCAGACACUUUCUGGAUUUUCCUUCUUCUUCUUCUUCUUCUUCUUCAAAGUCAACUUUAUUGUCAAUCUUCCAGUUUUGUGUUCUUCUCCUCCUUCUCCUUCUUCUUCGGUGGUGUUUUAGAUUUUUUCUGUGUGAUCAUGGAGCUGUCGGAUAUCUCUUUCCCCAUCCCUGCCGCAGAUGAUUUCUACGACGACCCGUGCUUCAACACCACUGACAUGCACUUCUUCGAGGACCUGGACCCGCGCCUGGUGCACGCGGGCCUCCUGAAGCCGGACUCUUCUUCCUCGUGCCCCUCUCCCUCACCGUCAUCCUCCUCCUCUUCCUCCUCCCUGCACCACCACCACCAGGAUGAGCACGUGCGAGCCCCCAGCGGACACCACCACGCGGGCCGCUGCCUCCUCUGGGCGUGCAAAGCGUGCAAGAGGAAAACCACGGGCGCGGACAGGAGGAAGGCGGCCACCAUGCGCGAGAGGCGGCGGUUGGGGAAGGUGAAUGACGCGUUUGAGAACCUGAAGAGAUGCACAUCUGCCAAUCCGAACCAGAGGCUGCCCAAAGUGGAGAUCCUGCGCAACGCCAUCAGCUACAUCGAGUCUCUCCAGGCGCUGCUGCGCGGAGCAGGGGGGGGCGUGCCGGAGGAGAGCUUCUACCCGGGGAUGGAGCACUACAGCGGGGACUCGGACGCCUCCAGCCCCCGGUCCAACUGCUCCGACGGCAUGACGGAUUUCACCGGGCCCAGCUGUCAGAAAAACAGAAGAGGAAAUUAUGAAAGCUCGUAUUUCUCAGAGAAACAAAACGGUUCUCUGAAGAAUCGCAGCUCUGUUGUCUCCAGCCUCGACUGCCUGUCCAGCAUCGUGGAGCGGAUCUCAACCGACACCCCCUCUGCCCCCGAGCCAGACCAGAACCAGAACCAGAACCAGAACCAGAACCCAAUCCAGAACCCCAUCCAUACCCCCAUCCAUACCCCCAUCCAGACCCCCAUCCAGACCCCCAUCCAGGACCCAAACCUCAUCUACCAAGUCCUAUAAACCCCCACUAUCUCUACCUUUUAAUUGAGUUUAACUGAACUGAGUUUCACGACCUGUUUGCACCAGAUUCCUUCAAAAAAAAAAAAAAGUAUGGAAGCUCAUUUGUGCCAAGAAAGAAAUGAGAAUUCUGGGGAAAUCCUUUUGAGUUUAGUAAAAAACAACUUAAGACCCAUUUACUUAUUGCAAAAGUAUUUGUCGCUAUAGGUGGAGUGUGUUAUUUUAUAUCAGACUAACUCUACCUUUUAAUUUAAUUUAACUGAACUGAGUUUCACGACCUGUUUGCACCAGAUUCCUUCCAAAAGCCAAAUGUAUGGAAGCUCAUUUGUGCCAAGAAAAAAUGAGAAGGAGAAUUCUGGGGAAAUCCUUUUGAGUUUAUACAAAAAAAACGUAAGGCUCAUUUACUUAUUGCAAAAGUAUUUGUCGCUAUUGGUGGAGUUUCUUAUUUUAUAUCAGAUUUUAUAGAUUUUAUAAUUACCGAGCAAACUCCACGUGCAGAAGACGAUUUUGCAAAGACAAUAUUUUUGUAUUUUUAAGUCUUAAUCAAACAGCUUUUAAAUAAGUAUUUAAAAUAUUAGUUACAACAAAAAAAUAUAGAUAAUUAUUUCAAGAUAAAGUCGUGUAAUCUAAUUUUGACUUGUAUUUUGAACAUUUUAAGAAUAUAUUUUGUUGACCUGACAUGUAAAAAAAAAAUUUGAAAGAGGAUUCAAAGUGGAUUUUCUCAUUCCCAAGUUUCCAUACGCCAUAUUUAUUUUCCUGGCAUUAAUUAUCUUUCAUAUUUAACUAUAUUUAACCCUUGAAAUUCUCUUUCCUGCUGUAAAAAAAAGUGCAUUUUAGAUGUAAAAACCACUAUGAAUGCUGGGAAAUGUCGUUUUUAAACACAGGUUUAGUGAUGAAUACAACUCGGUUCAUUUCUUACAGUAUUUCAAUUUUAUUUUAAGUUAUGAGAAGUUAUUUUAAAGGCUGAUUUAGAGUCAGUCGUCCAGAUGGAUAUUUUUUUCUUCCUCUCUGUGCAAAAAGUCUAUUUGAUGAAGGACGGAGGCCAAACA